AUGACAUCACCAACUGAAUCACGGGUUAUAUACGAGAGCGAUCUAUCAAUAUUUAACGGCAGACUGUGUUCUCUUCGGAUAUUGAUACAUUCUCAGACCGAAAAUCGAGUAAAAAUCCGUGUCACCUCCUCAUCUGACGUCUCAAUUCUGCUGGACAGAACUAUUGAAUUCUCAGAAUGUCAGAAAUUAAUAGAUAUUUUGAAUGGAGUAAUCAAAGCACGUGCCCAGGACCCAACAAUACUCGGACCACGUGUCGAUCAACCGAGAAAUUCAGAUAUUCCUCUUAUUAAUAUUCCGAUGGCACAAGCAUCUCCAGAAGAACGUUGUGAUCACGUUUUGCAGUUGUAUUUAACGGAAAAAACUCAACAUCAAGCUCAAAUCGCAAAAACCGACGAACUAUCGAAACAACUUCAGAGUACUGUAACGGAAUACAAUGCGCUCCGCCAACGUUGUGAAUUCGGCGAGAAAGAGAUCAAUCUCCUCCGCCAAUUAACUCGAAGCAAUUCUGAAAAUCGUAAGCGAAAUCGAGACGAUUCAGAUUCAACUCCAAUGAAGAAAAGAAGAUGUCGAUGUGGAGACGAUGAAUCAUGUGGAUCGGAUUGUGAUGGAGAAAUGGAAGAAGACGAGGAGGAGGAUGAUGAUAUUUCAGCAGAUGUUCAGAUGUUCCGAGCGGCCGCAUCACAACUACAAAUGUCUGGACGUGAAUCUCAUAAUGGUGAGGGAGGUUUUUGGCUGAAAAUCGCUCAAAAUGAGUGA